CGUGAUUACGAAGUCGAGGAAAGGCGGUUCAGGACAAUGGAAGCGGCGUCGUUACGGUUACAGAAAGAGGCCAAAGGAUAUCUCGAUUCACUGCGAGCGAUGACGGCUUCACAAAUGCGGAUCGCCGAAACCAUCGACGCGUUCUACGGGGACUCGGGCGCCAAGGACGGCGUGAGCAGGAGCUACAAACAAGCGGUGGAGGAUCUCGAUGCGGAGACUAUAAAGGCUCUGGAUGGACCGUACCGGACAACCGUAUUAGAGCCCAUUACCCGGUGGUGCGCCUACUUUCCCGACGUAAACGAGUGCAUCAAGAAACGAGGGCACAAACUGCUCGAUUACGACGCUCUUCGCGCCAAGGUCAAGAAACUGGUCGAAAAGCCCGACAAGGACGUGACCAAGCUGCCACGCGCCGAGAAGGACAUGGAGAUGGCCAAGGCGGCGUACGAGCAGCUCAACGAGCAGCUGUGCACAGAGCUGCCGCAGCUCAUCGACCUGCGCGUGCCCUAUCUCGAUCCUUCCUUCGAAGCCCUGGUCAAGAUCCAGCUGCGGUUCUGCGCCGAGGCGUACAGCAGGAUGGCCCAAGUGCAGCAGUACCUUGACCCCGACACGCGGGACCAGUACGCUCAGGGCCAUCUGGACAGCAGAGUUGAGCAGGUGCUGCAGGAGAUACGGGAGUUAAGCAUCAGCGGGACUGUCUGAGCUUGGUUUUCUGGGAUAACCGGGGGAGUCGACCAUUGUAGUUGGUCGGGGCCACUGGUCGCAGGGGAAAUGAAUCACACUUUUGAUGGCGUAUGGGGUAUGGCAAUGGUUAGAGAUGCAAGCUCUUUGAGGCUUUGAGCGCAUCCACGGGAGGUGUGAUCGAACAGAUGAUCACCCGCACUGCCAUAGAGGCAUGCAGGGAUCGAGAGAUAUCCUUGUGUUUUCUAGGAGCCAUCUGAAACACGGCCGUUCGCAAAGCACGGUACCGUACACCAAAAUGAGAGUUCGUUGUACUCACAUGCAGUACUACAUACUC